UUUAUGGCCUUGAGACUUGCCAAUGGGAGAAACAGAUGUGAGGGGCGUGUGGAAGUUUUUUAUAAUGGAACCUGGGGAACCGUGUGUGAUAACUCCUGGGAUAUAAGUGACGCUCAGGUGCUGUGUAGGGAGCUGCGCUGUGGCAAUGCCAUUUCUGCUCCUGUUGGUGCUUUCUUUGGCCAGGGCAGUGGGCCCAUAACUCUGGAUGUGAUGAACUGCUUAGGAUACGAGUCCUCUCUAUGGCAAUGCCCUCACAAUGGCUGGAUUUCACAGAACUGUAUCCAUGGAAAGGACGCUGGCGUAAUGUGUUCAGGACAUGACCAGCAAACCACACAGCCAGCAGAAUUUUCGGCUCCCACAUUCCCGAGGUUCCCACAGUCCAAUGGAUCAGCUGACACAUUUCUGAGAUUCCAAAAACUCAAUGGAUCAGCUCACACAUUCCCACAAUUCAAUGGAUCAGCUUCCACAUUCCAGCUAUUCCCACAAUUCAAUGGAACCCGUUUUCAGUGUGGAGAUAUAUUGACUCUGCCUGCCGGUAUGAUAUCAAGUCCCUUCUAUCCUCACUAUAAUGUGCCCAAUGCUUUUUGUUCGUGGAAAAUAAUCACGGCACCAAAUAUGCAGGUGAAACUGCAUUUACUUGAUCUAAAUCUGAAAUACUCCAGCAACUGUUCCUCUGACUCAGUGACGGUACAUGAUGGAUUUCCCGAGAACUCCCCUGUUCUGGGAAAGCUGUGUGGACAGAAUAGAAGUCAGAUUUUCUACUCUUCCUCUAACAUCAUGGGAGUUGUGUUCAGAAGCAGCAAUGUCACUCAGCAAGGUGGCUUCAUUGCCCAUUAUGCAACUACGCCAAAAAGCAACGACAUGCUAGGUACAGUAGAACAUAAUCCAUCAGUCCCGGGCCCAAAGCAGCACAGCCUGAAAUAUAAGUUGAAUGAGAUACUGAAAAAGUUCUCAAAUGCUAAUGAAUGCUGCAAUUUAAUUGGUCAGUUAGGUAGCCGGUCCAUACCCAGUACUGCUGGCAAAUAGACU